AUGCUUCGCGCCACAAGACAAGCAAGAUCUGUACCAUUGCUGGUGCGGGGAGCUGCGCGCAAGGCCGCACACAAAUCAAACCCUUCCCCCGAGGCAGCGAUACCGAAAUCUGGGGAGGAGCCGGGAGCAUCACGGACAACAACGACAGAGCAGGAGGACACGGGAUGGACUCCUUCAGAGAGAUGGGCCGUGCCGCCAAAUGAAGUACGGAAACGGACAAUGUGGGAGUCCUGGGCAGCAUUGCCGGCGAACCAGAGGCUCGCGAUAUCACUCGGAAUAUUCACGGGAAGUGAGCAUAUGCAGAACUAUGGAGGCGUGAGGCCAAACGGGUUGGCGCAGGUGCAACCCGCUGGGGUACUGGGUUUACCCCAUUUUCGGGGUGCUUCCUGGGUAUUCAUAUACAUCACGUACUCCGAAUAUCAUACACAUCAAGUUUCAGGAUACAGGCGCUGA